UUUCUGCAUCUCAUCUAUCUGCGGUAUCGAGCAGGAGCAUUCAUUUCACUACGUCAAGCUUCCGCUUUUGUACGUGCCCCUCCGAAGAAGACUUCCACAAAAAUGGAGAAGAACUCUGCUUUGAGCAAGAUGUACCUCUUAGUGCCCAUGUUCCUCUUCGGGUUUUCCACCAUGGCUGAUGCCGUGGACAUCAUCUUUUAUUCGAACACUGGAGCUUGUUCCGGGUCCGGAUACUCGUUCAAUGGCAUCGCCAGACAAGUUUGCUGCGUCGCAAACGGCGGAUCGGUUCUAUUUCGAGACAUGGACGGCUGCAAGACCAGCCGCGUCUACAGAAACGGCGGUUGCAACAAUAACCAAGUCGGCUCUGCCACUGGAAACAUCUGCUACGUCGGCGGAGGGUUCACAUCCGGCUACUGGUACCAGAGCUGCAGACGCCGCUCGCUGCUCGAUGACGCUACCUCAGACAUGACUAAGUGCUUGAGCCAAGCCAAGCCCACAGGUCUUGUCUUCACGGAGGAUUCAUCCAAAGGCUCCUGGAUCCUCAAAUCCUCAAAUGCUGUUGAAUUGUCGUCUCAGGUCGAGAAUAUGACCGAUGCAGAGAAAGUCAAUUGGUUCAAAGCCAACGGUGCAAGUUUUGAGAACACUUCUGUUACCCAGAACGUGGACUUGAACUGAUGAAUUCUCGAGCAAGAUUUCGCGAGAUUUGGCAGGAGAACUGUUUUCACAAAUAAAUGUCUGUCUCGUGUCUAUGAGGAAGGUCGUGUUCAUUACGGUCUUGUAGUAGUGCACUUCCUGGUACUCAUAGACCCUUUCGGGGGAAGAGAAGUUGAACCUAUCUUUACAUAUACUUUACGAUUGUCGCAGUAUAUCGUGUCUGACGAUGCAGUGAGGAUCUAGUUUUGUUUGUGUUUUGUGUGAGUAAAGCUUGCAUUCUGAUAUCCCCUAGCAACUCAGCCUUGAGUGCCCUGAACAAAUAGGGUGAUCAAGUAAAUGCUUUGCUACUUGCAAAGCCGAUGUAAUAAUGAGGGAUAUCAA